UCGACGUUACGCGUGCCGUAUAAUUCGGAUCACUAUUUCUUCUCAGUUGCCAGUCUCACUGUCUCCGUCUCAGGUCGUCACUUGAAACUCUGCUUUGUACAAUUCUCGAGAGUUUCUCUGUUCAGAAAACAACACAACCAACCAUAUUCAGCCACCAUGAACACGCUCCUCCGAUCCACUCUCAGGACCAAGAGUGCUUCAUCUUUAGCAUAUGCUGCAGUUUCCGGAAAUUUUCAGGAAAGUCUCCCUCAGGUUCCCUCAUGGUCUAGAUCAAAUAGUACGGAGUCUUCCUUGGCAAAGGAUAGUUCAAUUAAUGACGUGAAAAAUGGCAACGGGUUCAAGGGCCAUGAUAUGCUUGCCCCUUUCACAGCUGGGUGGCAAACUACUGAUUUGAAUCCUCUGAUUAUAGAAAAGUCAGAGGGAAGCUAUGUAUAUGACAUUAAUGGGAAGAAAUAUCUUGACGCACUUGCUGGUCUAUGGUGCACUGCUCUAGGGGGAAGUGAGCCACGCCUUGUUGAUGCUGCCAUGGUACAGUUAAAGAAGUUGCCAUUUUACCAUUCCUUUUGGAAUCGGACCACAAGACCUUCUUUGGAUCUAGCCAAGGAACUCCUAGAAAUGUUCACUGCCAGAAAAAUGGCAAAAGCUUUUUUCGUUAAUAGUGGAUCUGAAGCUAACGACACUCAGGUGAAACUUGUAUGGUAUUAUAACAAUGCACUUGGAAGACCAGAUAAGAAGAAAUUCAUUGCUCGUGCUAAAUCGUAUCAUGGUUCAACCUUGAUAUCGGCCAGUCUUUCUGGCCUGCCCGCUCUGCAUCAAAAAUUUGAUUUGCCAGCUCCUUUUGUCUUGCACACUGACUGUCCACAUUACUGGCGCUAUCAUCUUCCAGGUGAGACGGAGGAAGAAUUUUCAACCAGAUUGGCCAACAAUUUGGAGGAGCUGAUUCUGAAAGAGGGACCAGAGACAAUUGCCGCAUUUAUUGCUGAACCAGUGAUGGGGGCAGGAGGUGUAAUACCUCCGCCUGCAACUUAUUUUGAAAAGGUCCAAGCUGUUGUCAAGAAGUAUGAUAUUCUUUUUAUUGCAGAUGAGGUAAUCUGUGCCUUUGGAAGGCUUGGGACAAUGUUUGGAUCUGACAAGUACAACAUUAAGCCAGACCUUGUGUCCCUGGCUAAGGCACUUUCUUCUGCAUAUUUGCCAAUUGGAGCAGUCCUUGUAAGCCCAGAAGUUUCAGAAGUUAUACACUCACAAAGCAGCAAACUUGGUUCAUUUUCUCAUGGGUUUACCUAUUCUGGACACCCUGCAGCCUGUGCUGUUGCAAUUGAAGCACUCAAGAUCUAUAAGGAAAGAAAUAUUGUUGACCACGUGAACAAGAUCUCCCCAAGGUUUCAAGAUGGCAUAAAAGCUUUUUCUGAUAGUCCCAUCAUUGGAGAGAUUCGGGGAAAUGGCUUGAUUUUGGGCACUGAGUUCACAGACAACAAGUCACCUAAUGAUCCGUUUCCUUCUGAAUGGGGAGUAGCCGCCUAUUUUGGAGCACAAUGUGAGAAGCAUGGGAUGUUAGUUCGUGUAGCGGGAGAUAACAUCAUGAUGUCUCCACCGUUAAUUAUGUCUCCACAAGAAAUUGAAGAGUUAAUCAAUAUUUAUGGGAAAGCUUUAAAAGAUACGGAAAAAAAGGUACAGGAGCUCAAGUCUCAGCGCGAGUAGCUGAGGCCGAUGAUGGCAUAAUAAGCUCUGUAGCGCCUGCCUUCGGGUGAAGAGGAAUUGUUCAUUGUAAUAACUUGCCAGGCAAAUCACUUUCGACAC